AUGGGCUCCUCGCCGCAAUUCAUGGCAUCGUCGCCAGGCUAUGGGACUGGCCGCCGCAAAUCGCAGUUUACAUAUCGUCAACUGGGCUUGCUUGCCUCAUACUCGACGAGCUCACCGCUGCGGGUCAUUGCUCACAUCGAUCUCGAUGCCUUCUAUGCACAAUGUGAGAUGGUCCGGCUCGGACUUCCCGAUGAUCAGCCACUUGCUGUUCAACAAUGGCAAGGACUGAUCGCGGUCAACUAUGCCGCCCGCAAGUUUGGGAUUGGGCGCCAUUGCAACGUGACCGAGGCAAAGAAGCUGUGCCCAGGUCUCAUUGCUCAGCACGUCGCCACUUGGAAAGAAGGUGACGAGAAAUGGGCGUACCACGACGAUGCGGCUGCGCACAUAGGCACACACAAGGUCUCGCUCGAUCUGUACAGGCUCGAGUCGAGAAAGAUUCUCGCGCUGAUACACGACUGCCUCCCGGCGAAUCAGCAGAAGGUCGAAAAGGCAGGAAUAGACGAGGUCUUCGUGGACCUGUCUGCUCAGAUCCAUUCAAUCAUGCUACAACGAUUCCCAGAGCUCGCGAACCCGCCGCCGUAUGAUGACCCCACCGAGAAGCUGCCGCUCCCUCCCAUCACGGCGCUCGACUGGCAGGCAGACAACCUCGUGGAUCUGGACAAUGCAGACGACGAAGCCGAUGAUCCGGACUGGGAUGACGUGGCCAUCCUUAUUGGUGCCGAGUUGGUGCGCGACAUACGCGCAGAGGUCCGUGCCAAGUUGGGCUACACUUGCUCUGCAGGCAUUGCGAGCAAUAAGAUGUUGAGCAAGUUGGGCAGCGGCUUCAAGAAGCCCAAUCAGCAGACCGUGGUCCGCAACCGCGCCGUGCAGCAGUUCCUGUCAGGGAUGAAAUUUACGAAGAUACGAAAUCUUGGUGGCAAGCUUGGCGACCAGGUUGCCGUGCGGUUCGAGACGGAACUCAUCAAGGACUUGCUACAAGUGUCUCUGGAUCAGCUCAAGUCAAAAAUGGGCGAAGACACUGGUAUUUGGAUAUACAACACGAUUCGCGGCAUCGACACAAGCGAGGUGACACCCAGGACUCAGAUCAAAUCCAUGCUGUCAGCAAAAUCCUUCCGCCCAGUGAUUAAUCGCCAAGACCAGGCCGUCAGGUGGCUACGCAUAUUCGUGGCUGACAUCUUCUCGCGCCUGGUGGAGGAGGGUGUGCUGGAGAACAAACGGCGUCCCAAGACAAUACACCUGCAGCACAGACAUGGAGGUCUCACGAAGUCUCGGUCCAGCGGUAUUCCUCUUGGCAAGACCAUCGACGAGACUAUUCUGUUCGAUCUUGCUAAGACCCUCCUGAAUCAGAUCAUCUCCGAAGGCCAUGUCUGGCCAUGUGCCAAUCUAAGCUUGAGUGUCGGCGGGUUCGAAGAUGGCAUUACCGGCAACAUGGGGAUAGGUGCGUUCCUCGUCAAAGGUGAUGAGGCUCGUGCAGCCAAUGCCGUAGCAGGAGGUCCUCGCGAAGGUGGUGCCGGCGUUUUACCACAUGACCGCAUGACGAAGACCGGACAACGGGCCAAUGGCCCGGACAUCCAACGAUUCUUCCGCAAGGAGACGUCGAGUGGAGAAGAGCCUAUAGACACCAGUGAGAGAGGCGAUGGGUCUGAUCCUCACCAGGAGCUGUGGCUAGACGAACAAGGAGACACUUCGGCAGCCCGCCCAAUCAAUGUCCCGAUUUCCGAAGAAACCUCAGUAAGCUGUCCUCGGUGCAACGUCAAGUGCGAAGACGAAAUCGCUCUUCAAAGUCACCAGGACUGGCACUUUGCCAAAGACCUGCAGGAAGAGGAACGCCAAGCCACUCAGCAAACGGCACGAUCUCAGAAGCCAGGAACUGCAGCUGCAUCAUCCUCGGCUACGAAGCGGUCCAACAAAAGUACCGGAAAGCUCGAGCAGGGGCAGAAACGAUUGAAGUUUGGUUGA